GAGCCGCCAUGUUGAUGUGGGAUUUCAUGUUGUACAGCAAGUGAAAUGUAUAUUUCUGGGUGGAAAUGUGAUUCUUUGAGAGUUUUGACAGCCCGCAGUGUGAAGAGUAGUAGGUGCAUCUAUCAUCAGCUGCCGUAGAGCACCACUUGUAAAGACAUGAGCAAGGAACACAACCGCUACUCGGCUAAUGUACAUGAUGAUAACAGCUAUUCUACGAGUCCAAGCGAUUCAAGUGCAUCAGAUAGUGACAGUGACCAGCAGGAUAAAGAGUUCUCAAUUCGUGAAUCAAAUUUUAAGGAGGGAAGACUUACCUUGAAAAUUUCUGCGACUCGGAAAAGCCUGACACUCCAGGCUGAGCCUGGUAGUGAUUUGACACAAACAGACUCUGUUGAAGCAGAAUACAGGUCGGUUACCAGUGAUACCAGUGACACAAUAAAGGAUAGUUACGAGGAAAACUUACCAAAAGCAAGCGUGAUACAGGCACAAGAUAAGCAGGAGCUGUCUGAAUACUCACCUGGGGAGAAGUCAGAUGACAGUUCAGAGCACCCUAGUUUGGUCAAGUUGCCAAGUAAGAAUUCUGUGAGAAGAUUGAGUGUAUCAUCAUCCUCGUCAUCUUCAUCAUCGUCUUCCUCUUCUGACAGCGACUCAGAUCCCGAUGAACUGCCGCUGAGUCGCUGGAAGGCCACCUACCCAUCUCCCAGUAACCUCUCUCACCGUAACACAGACUCUCCGCCUACCCAGAAACGGCAGUUGUCUGACAUUGAAAGGUCUCGGGCCUCCCUGACGCCUUCGUCACAGGCAGAGUCUGCUUCUGUGCGACCGAACAAUGGUGAUGAUGUGCAAAAUGGCAAGACAGAAAUUCACCGGACUCCUUGGUCAGUCCAAAUGUCAAACUCGGAGGCUGGUAGUCCGUCCAUCCCUGCUGUAAGUAAGGAGCCACAGAGAGGCAAUUUAGGCCACAGAAGUGGAAUUUUUGAAACGUUCUUCCAGAAUGUACAUGUAGCUUGCAGUGCUCAAGGCAGUGGCAGUUCUGAGCAUAAUGCAAACCGUGGUAUGUCCCUGGCCGGGCUGAACUAUGUACCAUCUCGUAGUGACCGCUAUGUCCCAGAGUCCUCAGAAACCAGUGACGAUGCUUUGAGCCGGUCACACUAUGAGGAGAAUGCUACUAAACUGAAACGAAAAAGAUUGAAGACUCGAAAAGUGACUCCAUCUGCAACUACUUCUGCCCCGAACUUUUCCGAUCAUGAGACUGUGUCAAAGGGAAGUGAGGCAGAGGGGGAAGGAUUUGAUCCCAAACCUAAAGUCCUGGAUACCUGCCCUUCUGAUGGUGAGCUCAGGAUAGAUAGUGUAGCCCAUGUGUCUCCAGACAGUGGCAUACAGUCUAUCUCUGGCUCCCCAAUGGGGAAUGAUUCCCCAGGGCCCCCAGUCCUGCACCCAGAGGUGGAUAUUCCUGAGUCUGGCCACAACAGUGAUGCCAUGGAGGAGCAGUUGAGGACACGAGGAUUGGGAUGUCCAGAGAUAGUACCUGUCCCACCUGUACAACUCCCAGUUGAUCCUCCGUGUCUGAAGGAAACCUCCACAGAACAAGCAGAAAUGGUCAGAUGCAAGUCUCCCAUGUCCACGGAUACAGAUUCCAUGAAGACAAAGACGUACAAGCAAUACAGGGAUCCAGGCACUCAUGUGGGCAAAAAGAGAGGCAGAGGCAGGCCUCCUAAGAGGGCUAAAUUUCUGGCAGCAUUUAAGAAAAGCAUCAUUUCUGAUAAAUCUCCGCCCGUUUUAAUUCAGGAUCCUUCUGGGCCCUGUAUCGGGAAGUUACUUUUGCUAAUGUUUCUUUUCAAGGUGUCAAGAAAGGGGACCAGGAAGGCCUCGAAAAAUUCCUCGAGGCCCUGCCAUAGGCAAAAGAGGUGUAGGCAGACCAGCGAAUGCUGUAAAGAAAGGCACAGCUCCAAGACCUACUGUGAAACCAUCAGUAGGGAAGCCUACCGCUCAGAAAAAAUGAAGAGACCAGGUCCAGGCAGACCGAAGGGCUCGAAAAACAAACCUAAGCCACAACCAUUGCUACUAGCAAGAGAUGUGAAGGCUGGAAAAACAUGCACAGGUCUCUCUUCUGCACUAACCCAUUCGCUUCAAGCACAACCAGUCAAAAGGAAACCUGGCAGGCCACGAAAGCACCCUCUGCCAGAAAAGGGUAGUGGGGCAUCAGCCCAGGUGAACAGGAAACGGCUGUCAGAACUCAGGACAAAGUCGUCAGUGAGGCCAGGUGAUGAGUGCGAGUUUACCACACUGAUUCAGAGUGUUCAGGACUCCAUCGUGUCGCAGUUUAAUGCGCGGGAGACAGAGGAUCUCAAUGACUUUGGAUCCAGUGACAACCUGGACAAAAUUGAGCCUUCGUUAUCAUCUGGUGGACAGGUGAGAAGGGAUCCUGGUGUCCACCAGAGUGGUUCAGGUAAGAUGUGCAAUCAGAAACCUGUGCCCAAAAUCAGGAAACCGCGUCUACAUGUUAUGAUGCGAUCGUCCAAGAGAGGUCGCAGGAAGAAGAAAAAGGUUGAGCCUGGCCAAGCAGUUUCAGUCUAUGAGAGGAAACUGAAGUACCGAAGCCACAACAGCAAGCGCAAGAAGAAGCUAAGGAAUGUGAAGUCAAAGCACAAGAACAUUGUUGACCCGGCAUUCCUCUCUGACCUCGAUGAUCUGACAGAGGACUUGGAUAACCUGUGGAUCUCCGACCCAUCGACCUGUCAGUCCCCAGGACAAAAGCCAUUGCCCAGUAUUUUUAGACUCCCAGGCAUAGCCACCAAGAAACGGAAGAAGGAUAAGGAAAAAUUCCUGAUUGGAGAUAAGGCCAAAAAGUCCAAGAAGUCUGACUGUUUAGAUAAGCUGGUGAAAGACAAAACGAAAUGUUCUCGGAAGAAGGGCUUGUCCGAGGACAGCCUGUUACUGUUUCAGGACAAUGCCCUUGUCAACAGUCAGCAGUGCCUACCCCUGAAGAAGAGGCACAAACUCUUCAACCCCCACUUCCCCAGCGUCCUCACCCCCAUCCACAUUCUCCCCACCCUCGUCUGUAUGCCGUCCAUCACCCCCACAGGUAGCAAACAGGCCGGCACUGUGCCAUCUCUCUUUCAAGUCUCACCUCCUGAAAAGCGUAAGGUUGGGCGGCCCAGGAAACAUCCACUGCCGGAGACGAGUUUGGGGCUUCAGGUUUUACCUUCUACCACAUCCCGCACCCUUAAAGGCUACCCUCUGAUCAGAUCUCCAAGUGUGCAAUGGCCAAACCAGUCACCUGCCAGUUGUCUUUCUCCAUCUCUCAGUGUGGCCUCUAUGUCAAAGAACAGAGACUGCUUCCCUCACCAUGGCUUGGAAAAACUGUUUGAAAGGAGCAAAUCUAGUAGUAAGGUUCAUAAAUCUAGAAAACACAUUGAAUCUUCAGCGCAUUUGUCGGCAGGACCGGGUCUGUUCCGUGCGCCAUUCCACACAUCCCUCUCAUCAUUUCUUAGUCCUCCGUUGUUGUUUUCUAAUGGUCACUCCAUUUCUCCGUGUGCCAAAUCAAGUCUGAACCACACAAACUUGUCACCACGAUUCCUGCCUAUACAAUCCCCCUAUGGUUUCCUCAGCUCUCGCAAUGAUGGGGCAUCAUGUAGCAAUUGUAGUCAGCUUCAAGGAGCAGAGUUCAAAAAAUACAGGACUGUGAAAAAAUUCAAAAAGAGGAAAUUAAAAUUAGCAGAGAAGAAUCUGUCCUUGGAACCUUCGGGUGGGCUAGGGAAGAGGGGCAAACGCAAACGCACAGACAGUUUAGCGGACAGUGACCGUGGGAAAGUGAAAGUCAAAAAGAAGAGGCAACACACAGAUGUGAACAGUGAGAGUUCACAUAAGACGCUGACAUCGAGUCCAGAAAAAUGUGCUUUCAGUUCCCCUAAACGGAGUAACUCGGUUCUGGCAAGCAUCGACUCUGCGAGAGAGUUUGGUAGCGAAACAGAAGCGCUAAUGUGCAAUAGUGACACUGGUGACAUCGUGGAGGAAACCAUAGAAUCUGUGAUACGCUCUGUGAGCUCCGAGUAUGAGCCUCUUCCUCUCAGUGAACGGAAGCAUAAAUGCCCGCUUAGGGAUGGUACCCACCGCUUAGCUGGCUCUGUCAACAAGAAGAAGAAGAAAUUCCUGCAUAAGAAAUCGAACAAAGACAGGAACGAUGGAGACAAGUCUUCUAGUGUCAACACACAUGCUUCGUCAAAGAAGAGCAAAGACCGGUCAGUCUUACCAAAGAAGAGAUACCAAAAAGUGGGCCUGUUCUCAGACUACUAUAAGGAGACUGAUCCGAAAAAGAAAUCUGAUAAUGGUGCUAAAGAAAAGGAGGGUGAGACUGGUGGGUCAGAGGGUGAGAAGGGGCGAUCAGAGAGUGAGAAGGGGCGAUCAGAGAGUGAGAAGGGGUGGUCAGAGAGUGAGAAGGUGGAUGAGGGGAUAAGUGCUCUCAGCCCACUCCUCCCCCCACCUAUCAAUGUGGGCAAGCAUCUGAGGGAGAAAAAGAUGGACUUCCAACUUCCCUAUGAUAUAUGGUGGCUCAAGCAAAAGAAACUGUUGAGGGCCAAAAAUGAAGAGACAGAACCAAAGUACAAGAAAAUCCGACAUAAUAUCCAUGUGGACAUAAAGCCCAUUUGUAAAUACGAAGCCCAUGCGUGUUCUUGCACUAAGCCAGCAGACCCAGAUGCCAAAGGUUGCGGAGAAGACUGUUUGAACAGGAUGAUGUACACAGAGUGCUCGCCAAGCACCUGUCCCUCUGGAGACCAGUGUUCCAACAUGCGAAUCCAGAAACACACCUGGGCUCAGGGAUUGGAGAAAUUUGUUACUGAGGACCGUGGCUAUGGGGUUCGGACAAAGGGUACUAUACCACAAGGCCAGUACAUUCUGGAGUAUGUAGGCGAGGUGGUUAGUGAACAGGAGUUCAGACGACGCAUGACAGAGAAGUACUCGCAGGAUCGCCACCAUUACUGCCUCAAUCUCGAUAGCGGAGCUGUAAUCGACGGCUACAGGAUGGGCAACAUCGGCCGCUUUGUCAACCAUUCCUGUCAACCCAACUGUGAAAUGCAGAAAUGGAAUGUGAAUGGUGUGUACAGAAUGGGCCUGUUUGCCCUGAAGGAAAUCCCACUGGGCACAGAAAUCACCUAUGAUUACAACUUCCAUGCCUUCAACCUGGACUCGCAGCAAAUCUGUAAGUGCGGGAGUACUGGUUGCCGAGGAAUCAUGGGAGGGAAAACUCAGAGACUGAAUGGGCAGGUGAAGACCAAGUCCACAUCCUCUCGGCCUGUUGGGAGGCCUCCUAAAGAUAAACGAAAAUCCAAACACCGACUGAAGAAGCUGAAGGAAAAGGUUAGUGUCCAAAGUGGUAAAGGCAGCACAUUUAAGGGCCGGAUGAAGCUGGGUGUGAGUCGUCUGGGAAAGUCCAAAGCGGGCCGACCAGUGGGGCGACCAGUGGGCCGUCCAGUGGGUCGACCGGCUCAAGGUCCGGGGGCCAAGAACUUGACACGUCACCAAAACAACAAACACCACGUCCAAGCUUCAGCAGCAAGCCCCACCAAGACUCUACCCGUUACCUCAGCCAAAUAUAAAUGUCCUCAGCCAAGCAGCAUUGUUAAGGUUGCUUGUGUGGUGCCCACUCCCGAAGUCAGCGCGGGGAAGGUAAAGAGGCCUGUGGGACGGCCUCCAAAAGUCCAGCCUAACCCUAAGGUGGAAAUCAAAUCCUUGAAGGAUAAGACGCUGAAAAUCCAGCCUACUCCUAAGAUGGAAAUCAGAUCCCCAAAGGAUAAGGUGCUGAAAAUCCAGCCUACCCCUAAGGUGGAAAUCAGAUCCCCAAAGGAUAAGGCACAUUUGACUAUUGCUGGCAGUAAAAAUGCUACCACUCCCAGGCCAGUGGGUCGACCACCUAAACCCAAAUCUACUGUAACAUUUGGAGCGAAGAUUCCGCCUUUCAAGAAGAAAAUGCUGCAAGUACAGCAGCAACAACAACAUGCCCCACCAACAGCCCUGGCCAAUAAGCUAGGAGUGCAGACAUCAAGUAAGCCCAUGUCCAACCGAGAGAGAGGCUUUGCCCAGAAACAUGCCAUAUUUCUGGUGCGGAACAUCACCAAGAUCCGUCACAUCCGACAGAUGUCACAGAAAAUGGAGCCUGCUAAAGAGCGAGAAACAGAUGUCUUCAUGACGCAGCUCACAGCUCUGAAUACAGCCCGAUCAGUGAAAACCAGGAGGCUGGCAUUAGCAGAGGAGAAUCAUGAGCUGGCUCGGAUUGUACGACUCGCCAAAGUUUUCAAAGACAUCUUCACUGCUGUGGCUACAUUCAAAGAUGAAGGUGGAACUUUGUUGGCCACACCACUCAUGAGCCUGCCGUCCCGGAAGAGAUAUCCUGACUACUAUGAAUUGAUUGAAGAGCCUAUCGACAUGAAGAUGAUAGAGCGUAACAUCCAGAUAGGCCAGUACAAGAAUGUGACAUGUUUUGACCAGGAUUUCAUCCGCCUUUUCAGGAAUGUUGAGAAAUACUGUGGCUGUAAGUCUGACAUGGGGAAGCUGGUGGUGCGGCUGAGGAAGGUAUACUGUGCAUCGAAGACUGAGAAUCUGGCCUGUCUGGAGGAGAUCAUGGGGGAGGGAGCAGCUCAGUCCAGCUCCGCAGAGUCUGAGGCUGGGGAUACUGCUGACCAGAAAGAUCCCGUAGAGGAGGAAGGAGAAGAGGAGGUGAUUCGGUGCAUCUGUGGCAUAUUUAAGGACGAAGGAUUGAUGAUCCAGUGUGAAAAGUGUUUUAUCUGGCAACACUGCGACUGUAUGAGUGUCCCGCGGGAGAAGGUGGAAGAUAGCUAUCUCUGUGAGCAGUGUGAUCCCAGACCUGUCCCUAAGGAGAUUUUACUGGUGCCACAACCCCAUGACGGAACACCUGGCUUCACCUACUACAUGACCUUGAUGAGAGACGACCUUCAGGUUCGCGUGGGCGACUGUGUCUAUCUCAUGAGGGAUAACUCUGUCAAGCGGAGCUCUGACGGCACACCAGUCAGGGUCUCCCAUCGCCUUAUGUCAAACAUUAGCCCUGAUAAGCUGGAUAUAUUUAGGGUGGAGCGGCUGUGGAAGACUGAUGUGGGGGAGAGGUUUGCUUUUGGUCAUCACUAUUUCCGACCCCACGAGACGUUCCAUGAGCCCAGCAGGAAGUUCUUUCCUAACGAGGUGUUCCGUAUCCCUAUGUAUGAGAACCUGCCCCUGGAGGCAGUGAUAGGGACAUGCUGUGUGAUGGACCCCUACACCUACUCUAAGGGUCGCCCCAAGGGCAUGAGAGAACAGGACAUCUACAUCUGUGAAUACAGGCUCGACAAAACAGCUCACCUCUUUUACAAGAUCUCCCGUUCCAAGUACCCAAUCAACUGUAAAUCCUAUUGUUUUGACAGAUUUGAGAAGAAGUUAGUUCCAAAGAGAACCUACUCUCCACAUGAGGUGCCUGAGUCUUACAAGCGUAAAAUGGCUGGAGAGCGGCCUAACCAGGGUGGGGAGGAUAGCGACAGGUGCCCAUCCAGGAGUGAUGACUCUGUGUGCCCUGCAGACCAGGAGAGGGAGAUGGAGGUCAGGCGGACAGAGGGGGAGCACUGCGAGGACGUCGACUCUGAUAUGGACUCAGAGGAAGAUCUACCAUUAGCUCAGGUGAAAAACUGCCAGCGUCAGGAAAAGAAGAAUCGAUUGAACAAGAUUUUGUUGCGCUUGUUGGGAACAAUUCCUGGGAAGCAGAGAGUCGACCUGUCAUACCUGCUGGAAGAAGGCUCGGGAAAACGACCACGCAAGAAACCGCAGACUCACUUCUAACACGCCUCUCCUGGGCCAACCACAUCUAUGAACAGUGCUAGAAUAAGCUAACUUUGCCAAAAUCCAUCCACUCACUCAUCUUUGAACAUUUGUGAACACUAGGAGCUAGUAUUUUCACUCAUUAUACAGCUAACUUAAGGAUGCUGUCAGAGCCAAAGAAAAAACAUUAUCAUGGUCAUGUCUGGCCAAAUGUGGACUCCAGUAAGCUCUGGAUAAUAAACUGUGGACUACAUUAAGAUCUGGAUGACCAAAUGUGAACUCCAGAAAGUUCUGGAUAACAAACUGUGGACUCCAGUAAGCUCUGAAUAACAAACUGUGGACUACAUUAAGCUUUCAAUAACAAACUGUGGACUCCAGUAAGCUCUGAAUAACAAACUGUGGACUACAUUAUUUUCUGAAUAAGCCAGUAAGCUCUGAAUAACAAACUGUGGACUCCAGUAAGCUCUGAAUAACAAACUGUGGACUACAUUAAGCUUUCAAUAACAAACUGUGGACUCCAGUAAGCUCUGAAUAACCAACUGAGGAUUCCAGAAAGCCCUGGAUGACCCACUGUGGACUCCGGUAAGCACUGGAUAACAAACAGUGGACUUCUGUAAGCUCUGGUUUAUAAUUAACAGUGGAUUCCAGUAAGCUCUGAACAACCAACUGUGGAUUCUGUUAGGUUCUGAAUAACCUACUGUGGACUAUAGUAAGCUCUGGUUUACAACCAUCAACUGUGCACUACAUUACAUGUCGACUACAUUAAGUUGUGGUUUACGACCAGCAACUGUGGACUACAGUAAGCUCUGGUUUACAACCAACAGCUGUUGACUUCAAUAAGCUCUUGUUUACGACCAGCAACUGUGCAUUACAGUAAGCUCUGGUUUAUAACCAUCAACUGUCGACUACAUUAAGCUUAGGUUUAUAACCAGCAACUGUAGACUACAUUAAGCUCAGGUUUACAACCAACAACUGUGGACUACAUUAAGCUCCGGUUUACAACCAACAACUGUGGACUUCAAUGAGCUCUGGUUUACGACCAGCAGCUGUGCAUUACAGUAAGCUCUGGUUUACAACCAACAACUGUGGACUUGACCAACACUGAAUAACCAACUAGAUCUGGUGACCCUGUAAUGCAGGACAUUGGUGAUUACAGUAUACAUACAAUUUUCCCACUACCCUUAUUCCACUGAAUGUACGACUGGACUUUACCACACCCUUAUUGAUGCAUGGGACAAGAUACACACCACACCUCGGACUUGUCGCAAGACUGAUAAAGUGCACAAAUCUGUUUUUGUCAUAGCAUCAGGACUUGACACACUAAUACCAGUACCUACUGUGUAACUUCUGUUCUUAUGUAGACAGGCUGGCAAGCAAGACCACACCUGGCCUCUUGCACAAAGAAAUAUCACAAAGGCAGCAAAAUUUCAUUGUCGCCCAGGAUUGUAUAUUUUAACUAGUAUAGUUAAGGACUGAUAUCAUUCUGCAGAUGGUUGGUGCAUGAAAGUGUAUAGUGCACUGUAUAUGUAUAAAUAUACAGCUAUGUUUGUGUAUGUGCUUGUAUUCUUCUUAAAGGUGAGACCAGACAGGUGUGGUUUUGUGCAGUAGUCCACUAGGUGAUGGUCAGUUGGCCUUAGGCAUCUUGGGGACAGCACUUGCUAGCUGCUGCAGUCACAUCGGUGUCACCUCCCAUCCUCCUACUGAAAUGUACAUACAGAAAAUGGUGGUGUACAUGUAUGAUAUAGGCACAGACUCCAUGGACUUUCCUGGACUCCAUGGAACACAAUCACAUACUUGUACAUUGAGAGCACCAAGAUAAGAGAUAUUAAUUACCCACAAGUGUUCAACUCACUGUAACCGUACAUGUACAUGUUAUUUAUUUCCAGAACAUUGACUUCUGUUUUAUCCAGUGUGUAGUGACAGGCCAAAUCUGGAUGAGUGCAAAGAUGUUCACCCUCAUGUGCAAAAUUAUGUAGUCUUGUGUACACCUAGCUUAUUGGAACUGGGAAUGAACCACUUGUUGUUAAGGGGUGUUCAUGUGUGAUGACAAAUACUGAUAGAAUCAGCCUGCAUGUCUAUGUUCUGGACAUUGGUUUCUGAGGUCUUUAUCAGGAGACUUAACUGCUAUACCCAGGAGGUAUGCACAUCUACUGUACAUUUCACUCCAAGUUAAAUAUUUUCUCUCCAUCUCUAUGCAAUUGACCCCCUUCCCCAGACUUAGCUGUUGAGCUAUGUAGUUACCCAUCUAGUUUAUAUCUAGUACAUGUAUAUUACAGACCAUGUUUUUGUCCCAAGGACAUGUGUUAGGACGUCUGCUGUUGUUGUUGCUGUGCAGUUGUCUGCAUUUAUAUAAUUAUGUAUAUCUAUAUAAUAUCUAUCUAUACAUACAUGCAUUGGCUGCGUUGUCGCUGGUAGAUGCUUGCUUGCUGAGCCAGUGUGUAAACACACAGUUCACAAGACUGUACAUAUGUGUGCUGGAGAUCUGUAAUGUACAGAUAUGUGGUAUGGAUUGAAAAAAGCCGUUUCCCCAGUUAAGUUAUAACAGAAACAAGGAGUAUCAAAUACUCAGUCUUUAAUUCUUUAGAAUAGGCGUGUACUUGUAUAUAUCUAUAUAUAUUCACAUAAACCUAUCUAAGCAGUGUA